AUGACGCUCCGUCGCGUGCUUCCGGCGCGGCGGGCGGCCGACAGUCCUCUCUCUCGGAGGGCGGACGAGGGGACCGGUCCCGGGGCGUUUGGGCGUCUCUCUGAGUCGCGGUUUAGCCGCGAAAAUUCCGCGCCUCUGGCUCCGAGCGCGUCGUCCAGCUUCUCGGCCCAGGCCUCUUUCGAAGAGAAGCCUUGGCGAAAGGAGACAAAACAGCGCGACGGCCUCGAGUACCACAGAGUCGACUCGAGCGCGGAAGAAGAGAAAGCGGAGGAACACUCGUGCACGCACAUCCACCGGAUUCAGGCGGCAGACACCCUCCUCUCCAUUGCGCUCCAGUACGACGUUCCUGUUUCCCAUAUCAUGGUGGCAAAUCACCUUUCUUCCACAGAUAUCUGGUACAAAAACGAACUCCUCAUUCCCUGCAACGGCCGCUGCCAAAAGCAGGGAACUCACGCUCUCUCCUCUCCUUCUGGGUGUUCGCCUGCUCUGUCCGGUGCGGAGGAUGCGCUUGACAGGGACGGGUGCGGUCGGAACGCGUCUCCUUUUCAGCAUGGGGAGAGAAGAGACGAGGUGGGCCGAGGCCGCGCAGGAGACGCGUGCGCAAGAACGGGCGAGUUGCCGAACAAAGCUUCGGGAGGCUCACAGCGGAACAGCCACGCGGGGAGAGGCGACGGAGAUUCCUCGCCGCGCGCAUGCAUGAGAAUGGAAGUCCCCGAAGCGGUGCAAAAAUCUGCGCACACUGCAAUGAUGGUGGAGGCAAUCGUCCGGCAAGCAGGCGUCGAUCCGAAACUCGCCCGCGCCCAACUCGCCUUCAGGAAUGGCGACGCGGAUCUCGCGCGGGCGGAUUGCUGCUUGCUAAAACGUUGGCAAGACGAACUGGAUGUGACGCCUCCGGAGAUUCUCGCCUAUCUCUCUGUCACCGACGGCGAUGUGGUUCGCGCUCGCGAGGCCAUGAUGGAAGACGCGGAGUGGCAUCGGGAGCUCGAGGCGCACCGGGCAACGACCCGAGCGCGGAAUCCGGGGUUCUCUGUGUCUUCUCUCAUCCACGCGCGAUCGCUGUUUUCCCCCUCUUCGGCGCGGUACAUCAGCCUCGUGGAUGAAGAUUCGCUCGCCCCCGUCUCGGAAGACCGCGCAGGCGGGCACUCGGGAGACUCUGCGCACCUCCCUCGAAUCAUUGGAAGAAUCUCGUCCUCCCUCAGCACUGCGAGCACAGCCCUGUCGGGUCCGGCUCUCGACGAGGAGUCUUCGCUCUUCUCGACGCAGUCUCCCCGACCGCGCACAGGCAGGCGCGGGCCUCCAGGAUUGCCGUCGAGGCUGAGGUUCCGCCCAGGAGAAACGAGGCGAGAACCAAUCGGUGUAGAAAUGCGGGAGUUCUAA